AUGAUUGCGAACGCCUUGGCUAAUUUUGCCAAUUACAAAUUCUAUGUCGGAUUUGUGUUUUCGCUAGUAGGAAGCGUGUUUUAUUUUCUAGGAUUGGCAAUUUUAAAAUAUGCUCACAUGAAAAAUAGUGAGCAGGUGAUGGAAUAUAGAACACAUUAUUUAAAGGAUACAAGAUGGUGGACAUUAUUUACUAUGUUUAUAUUUGGGUGGAUUUGUGAAAUGAUUUCGUUUGCAUUUGUCGAGUUGACAUUGGUCGUUUCUGUGUUAUCUUUCGGAGUAUUCAUUGGAGUCUUUUAUACGGCUUGGUAUAUUGCAGAAAAGAUAACAAGAAGAGAUCAAUUAGGAGUUGUAAUUACCUCUAUAGGAAUUAUUAUUUCUAUUAUAUUCUCUGACAAGGUGUACCAACCAUUACAUCCAAUUACCAUUUCCUUUAUUUCUUCACAAAUAAUCGAUUUUAACAUUCCUAUCCUCUUUGUUAUUUUCCUAGUUGUCUUACCAUUUAUUUUCAUUUUGUUGAGUAUUUUCAGACCUUUCAAGAAUGUUUUUUUCAGCGCUUCUAUUUCAUCAUCUUUUGCUGCUUCUAAUUUUAUUCUUUUUAAAUUAUUUAUUGAGCUUGUGAAAACAUCUGCUGAAACAAAUGAAAAUCAAUUCAUGCACUGGGGAACUUAUGUAAUUUUGGGAUUAUCCAUACUCUACACAAUAUUGCACACCCAUUUCACUCAAGUAACUCUUGUAUCCUAUGAAUUUACUGUCUCAAACGUGUUAUAUUAUAUAAUCAUGUCCUUCUUAACUGUUUGUGGUGGUGAACUAAUUUUCAGAGAAUGGUCUGACACCUCCGUGUUACAGCUUGUAUUAUUAUUCUUGGGAUGGUUUUUACAAUUUAUUGGAGUACUUUUACUACUUGGAUCUCAUACCAAUGCUAAUUCAAUGUAUCCACUGACUCAGCUCAAUGAUCCAAGAGGUGGUCACUUGGUAAGAGUCUCUGACGUGGAUUUAGACUUUGACUCGGAUUCAGACAAUGAAAAAUCACAUACUUCCCAUCACAAUGAAGAGAGACAAUUGAAUUUAAUGGAAUCAGACAAAUCAGCAAGUUCCAAAUUUGAUCUUAACAGACAAGAACACAUCCAAGACUCGUCCAUAUAA